CACAUGAAUAACGCUUGCAAACCGAGAAUUUUUAAACUGGAAUAGCCAAGACGUAUCAACCGCGACGAUGGCUGAACUUCCUCCACAGUUCACACACGACGAUUAUACAGUAGGAUGGAUAUGUGCUUUGCCAGCUACAGAGCUAGCCGCGGCCUGGGCGAUGCUAGAUGUUGAGCAUCCAGUGCUUCACGCAGCUGACCCCCAAGAUGCGAACGUAUAUCUUCUUGGAUCGAUCAGAGAUCAUAAUGUGGUCGUAGCUUGUCUACCUGCCGAGAAAACGGGCAAGGUGUCUGCUGCCACUGUCGCUAAAGACAUGCUGCGCAGCUUCAAAGCUAUCAGAUUUGGACUAGUGGUUGGUAUCGGGGGAGGUGCUCCUUAUUACGGCGUCACAGAUGUUGAUCGCGGUGACGGCGAAUCUGAAAGCGAGGAAUCCGAUCUAGACGACAUCGAAGAUAUCAAAGACAUUCGACUGGGUGACGUUGUCAUCGGCCUACAUUCAAAAUCUACAGAAGCUGUCAUUCAGUACGAUUUUGGCAAGUCAGUGCAAGAGAAGGAGUUUAUCCAAGCCGGUGGCAGAUUGAACAAACCUCCCGACAUAUUGUUGGGUGCAGUAGCAAGACUUCAAGGCGAAUGUGCAGUAAAGGGCCAUAAGAUCUCUGAGCUGCUGUCAAAAAUGCUUUCAGAAAAUCCGGGUAUGGUUGAGAAAUUCUCCUACCCUGGGCCGGGCAAGGAUAGACUUUUCAAGUCAAAUGUCGUUCAUGUAGAGGGGAAAAAGUCUUGUAAGAGUUGCUGUGGCCCGCUGAAUAAUAACCUAGUGAAGAGGAAAGAUCGCCAGAACAACACUCCGCAGCUCCAUUAUGGAACUAUAGGAUCAGCAGAUCAAGUGAUGAAAGAUGCUCUCUUAAGAGACCAGUUGGCACAAAAGCAUAAUAUCAUGUGCUUUGAAAUGGAGGCUGCAGGUUUAAUGGACUCGUUUCCUUGCCUCGUCAUUCGCGGUAUCUGCGACUAUGCUGAUUCACAUAAGAACAAGAUAUGGCAACCAUAUGCGGCGGCUGUGGCAGCGGCAUAUGCUAAAGAGCUUUUAUCCAAUGUUUCUGGACUAGGUGUUAGGAAUCUAUCACCGAUCGAGCAAAUAAACCAAAACCUCGAGGAUGUACAAAAGACAUCACAUCAAACCAAUGCGUUCAUCUGUGCGAUGAGAGUUGACAUCCACACUGAAAGGAUCGCACGUUGGCUUUCACCUGCUGAUCCGUCUACCAACAUCAAUAAUGCCAGAGAAGCGCGAUACACAGGGACUGGAGACUGGUUUAUCCAGAGUGAAGCAUUUAAAAAUUGGAAGCUUGGGUGCAACCAGUGUUUAUGGCUCCAUGGUAUGCCAGGAUGCGGCAAAACCGUUCUUAGCACCACUAUCCUUGACAACCUCGCGGCGAUGAAUACUUACACUAUUCUCACAUUUUUCUUUGAUUUUAGAAAAACCAGCAAUCAGAGACUAGAUGACAUGUUACACUCCAUUGUCUUUCAGCUCUAUUGCUCACGUCUGACAUGCCGGAAGGUCCUCGACAGUUUAUUUACUUCCCACGGAGACGGAAACGAGCAACCUGACACCGAUAAACUAUCCCACUGUCUGAAGGAUAUGAUGCAAACUGUUGGAAAGGUUAUUAUUCUCCUUGAUGCUCUCGAUGAGGGCUCUGACAGACCAAAGCUGUUGAAAUGGAUGAAGGAAUUCAUCCCUCCUCUUACUCAUGUUCAGCUCUUAUGUACUAGUCGACCCGAAGACGACAUCAGGCAGAGCCUCCCUGGCUGGGUCAAAGAAAACAACUGUAUUUCAUUGAAUACAGAUUGUAUAAACGCCGAUAUUUGCUCUUAUGUACAUGCUAGACUGAAUGAGUCUGAAGAAUAUGAGAGAUGGGUUGAAGAGCCGCGAAUAUUGGAGAUGAUCAAGGUUACAAUCAGCGGCAAGGCUGGUGGCAUGUUUAGAUGGGCGAGCUGCCAACUUGAUCUCCUUCGCGACUGUGUCGACGCCGAAAGUCUAGAGGAAGCACUUCAAUCACUACCACCUGAUUUGGACGCGACGUAUGCCCAGAUUCUUGAAAAUAUCCCAAGAAUCCGCAAAAAGAAAACUAUACGUUUGCUACAGUUCCUCUUCUACUCAGAGCGACCAUUGACCCUUGGAGAGGCCAUUGAUGUGGUUGCUGUCAGAAUCGAUUCAGGUUAUUUCGACAACCGCGAUAGACUUCGUCGCAGAUCAGAUAUUACCGCAUAUUGUUCAAGUUUGGUAUUACUCACCGAAAAUAAAAAUAAUGAACAAUUAAGUACCGUACAAUUGGCCCAUUUUUCGGUAAAGGAGUAUUUAAAAGGCUGUAUGAUGUCAGAAUUCAUUAGCCCUGAACCCAUGAUUACUAUUACACAGAUAUGCUUAGCGUAUCUUGGAAGUAUACAGCUUGGGGAAGUUUCUGGCAUACGGAUAAAGUAUCCUCUGGCUCGGUAUGCAUCAGAAAUAUGGAUGGAAUGCGCGUGGCACGCCAAAGACUCUAUACCGACCAACGACGCGGCUUCAGAAUUCCUCCAGAACGACGUCAAGUUCACGCUCUGGGCAAGUCUAUUCGAUCUUGAAAGACCAUGGAUAUGGAAUCCGGGUAAACCCGAGACACUACCAUUAUAUCUUGUGUGUCUUUCUGGUCUCAAAGAAGUUGCAUCUAGAAUGAUAUCUAACGGGGCGGAUAUCCACAUGCAGGGUGGCCAAUAUGGCAAUGCUCUGCAGGCUGCCUCUUCUACGGGCCAUUUUGAGACUGCGCAGCUGCUCCUAGAUAGAGGAGCUAACAUUAACAUGCAAGGUGCCUCUUUUGACAAUGCUCUACAGGCUGCCUCACAUAAUGGCCAUUUUGAGAUUGUGCAGCUGCUCCUAGAUAGAGAAGCUAACAUUAACAUACAAGGUGGCCAAUAUGGCAAUGCUCUACAGGCUGCCUCACUUAAUGGCCAUUUUGAGACUGUGCAGCUGCUCCUAGAACGGGAAGCUGACAUGAACGUGCAAGCUAGCAAUUUUAGCGAUACUUUGGAGAUUGCCGCAUAUAAAGGCUAUCGCGACCUUGUACAGCUACUGGUAGAUAAAGAAGCCCAUACCCAUUCGUCAUGUGGCCGAUAUACCAAUGUUUUUCACGCUGCGGUACUUCGCCAGGAUACAAGAGCAAUUCAACUGUUUCUGGAUAGUGGUAUCGAUGUAAAUUCCCUAGACCAGUUCGGCUCUACAACACUUCUAGUUGCUGUGAGAACUGGACGCACUAAAGUGGCGGAGCUUCUCCUGGCCAGGAAAGAUGUUGAUAUUAAUGCCAUUGAUGCCCUACACCGAUCGGUAUCAUGGUGGGCCUCCAAGACAAAGAAUACCCGAAUCAUCAACCUUUUACUUGAGCAUGGUUUGCCCGCUACUGAGCUUACAGAACAAGACAAGAAGAUGAUUCUUUCGACGACUGAGUUCGAAUCGGUGUUUAGACGGUGUGAUGCCUGUGUUCGGAGUAUUCCCUCGGAAAUAUCCUUCUACUCCUGCAGUAUAUGUAGUAAUGGUGACUUCGCUAUAUGUCUAGACUGCUUUGGUGGAGGUCUUUACUGUUUCGACAGAUCCCAUAACAUGACCCUGAGAUCGGUAUAG